AUGGUGCCGAGUGACAAUUUUCAUGCAAUUGAUAGCAAUAACAAUACCAACAACAAUAUCAAUAACAACCAGUUCAUCGAUAUAGAGGAUGAUCUAUCUAAUAAAAUAAUACACCAUCAUCAAGUAUGGGCUAGCAAGUUAUCGACACCCACUACUAAUGAAUCAGACUUACAAAGAACUGAAGAUAAUGAUAGUUCCUUAAGUGUAUCUUUGUAUGGACAAGAUUCAAGUGAUAUUUCAUUAGCAAAUGACCAAAAUUCAAAAUCUUUAUUACGUGCAAGAAGAACGAUUACUCAGGACUCCUUAAUUAAAUAUAUACCGUUCAGGGCAAAUAACCAUUCACAAAUUUUACCUGUAUCGCCAUUACAACUUUUAGAUAUAAAUGAAGAUCUAUUAUUAGAGGCAAGCAAUUCUAUUCUAUCAUUGCCUUCAAUGGUAAAUAAUUCAUUCACUUCCAAGAGAAAUGGGGAAAAUUUUAAUAAAGAUAAAGAUCCUUCAACGCAUUCAUUGCCUGUAAUACUUAAAUCAAGAAAUAACUCAAACAAUAAUAACAAUAAUGAUAAAAGAUUAUCUAAAAAUUCUGAACUGGCAAUUUCAGAAAUUAAGAAAAUGAAUGAACGAUUAGCCCAGAGGAAAAAAUCACAAAGAAGUGAUAUUUCAAAUUAUGUCCUUAAGAAAGAAAGAAAAAUGUUUCAAAAUAAAGUAAAUGGGAAACAUGUUAAUUUUAUUAUUGCAGAUAAUAUGCUAACCGGUAUUAAAACCGCAGGUUUAAAAGCAAUUGAUACAAAAAUGGAAGAUAAAAAAUUAACAAUUACAGAUUUUAAUAUAGAUAAAAAAUUUGCCUUUGAUUACUCAGGCGAAGAAAAUGUACAAUCUUUUUCAAAUCAAUAUAUGUUUAAAUUUAAGGAUUAUUCUCCAAAUGUCUUUAACCAUCUACGAAAAAAUUUUGGAAUUGACUCAAAAGAUUAUUUAAUUUCCUUGACUUCGAAGCAUAUAAUGAACGAGUUAAAUUCUCCUGGGAAAAGUGGUUCCUUCUUUUAUUUUUCAAGAGAUUAUAGGUAUAUCAUCAAAACAGUUCAUCAUUCUGAACAUGUACAUUUAAGGAAGAACUUAAAGAUAUAUUAUCAGCAUAUUUCAGACAAUCCUGAUACUCUGAUAUGUCAGUUUUAUGGAUUGCAUAGAAUAAAAUUACCAAUAUCAUUUGAGAAUGUUAUUAGAAACAGAAAGAUUUAUUUGGUCGUUAUGAAUAAUGUUUUUCCUCCUCAUUUACCAAUUCAAAAAACAUAUGACUUGAAAGGUUCGACCUGGGGUCGCAUUACAAGCGUUACUAAGGAUGAGAAUAAAGAUGAAAAUGAAUCCGAAAGUUCGAAUGUAUUAAAAGACUUAAACUGGCUCCAUCAAAAGGAAAAAAUACUUUUUGGACCUUUAAAGAAAAGAGUCUUUCUACAGCAAUUAAAAAGAGACAUAAGUUUACUAAAUACAAUGAAUGUAAUGGAUUACUCGCUCUUAAUAGGGAUUUACGAUUUAGAUGGUGAUGUUGAAACUGAUGAACCAGUUAAAGAAAAGUUAAAAGAAGAGGCUCAGUUAUAUUACAUUAAUAACUCGAAUUUUAACUAUUUUAAAAGGGACGAAGGUGGUAUUUUAGCCUCUGAUAAUCAAGAUAAUAACCUGAGUGUCAUAUAUUACAUUGGUGUUAUCGACUGUUUGACGAACUAUUCGAUUGUAAAAAGAUUAGAAACUGUUUGGAGAUCUUUAAAUCACGAUCUUAAAGUAAUAAGUGCCAUACCUCCUCAAAAUUAUUCCAAUAGAUUUUAUAAGUUCAUUGAGAAAUCAAUAGAAUAA